AUGUCGCAGCUACCAACCCAUGAAAAUCCACAAUGCGAAUUGAACCAAGAGUGUAAGGCACUAGGAUUAACUGGUCUCUGUUGCCCCACAAGCGAUGAUGUUAUGCUUUCAUGUUGUUACGGCGAGCCCAGCAGUGCUCCAAGCUAUUCUGAAGUCCCCUCGAAGCAGCCUAGUGUCCAGCCAUCAGUCUCGAUUACCCCAUCAUCCGCUCCGAGUAGUAACCCAUCGCUAUCCUUGGUUCCCAGUUCGGCGCCCUCGGAUCAGCCUUCUAUUUCGAUGAAACCAUCAAGUGUUCCAAGUGAUCAGCCGUCGGUGUCAUUGAAUCCGUCAUCUGCUCCGAGCAGCAAUCCAUCGCUCUCAAUGGGUCCAUCUAGUACCCCAAGUGAUCAGCCAUCUGUGUCGAUGAAUCCUUCCUCGGCUCCCAGCAGCAACCCUUCACUAUCAGUAGUACCGAGUGCAGCUCCCAGCAGCAACCCCUCGUUAUCAUUGGUACCCUCAAGUGCCCCAAGUGACCAGCCGUCAGUGUCAAUGAAUCCGUCCUUGGCUCCAAGCAGUAAUCCUUCUCUCUCACUGGUUCCAUCUGCUGCUCCAAGUAGCAAUCCAUCACUUUCGAUCGAUCCAUCGACCAUGCCGAGUGAGGUUCCGAGUAGAAGUCAGAACCCAAGCGAGAGCAAUGUACCUUCAGGGUCACCUUCGCUGGAACCGUCAAAGCAACCAAGUAGCAAUCCUUCGCUUUCAAUGGAUCCUAGUGCAAUUCCUUCUAACAACCCUUCACUAUCAGUGAUACCAAGUUUGGCUCCUUCGAAACAGCCUUCACUAUCAUCGGUACCCUCCAGUACCCCAAGUGAUCAGCCGUCAGUGUCAAUGGUACCAAGUUUGGCUCCUUCGAAACUACCUUCUCUAUCAUCAGUGCCCUCAAGUGCUCCAAGUGAUCAGCCGUCGGUGUCAAUGAAUCCAUCCUCGGCUCCCAGCAGUAAUCCUUCUCUUUCUGAUGCUCCUUCCUUGGCUCCCAGCAGCAAACCGUCGCUAUCUUUGGUUCCCAGCUCCACACCCUCGGACCAGCCUUCUGUUUCAAUGAAACCGUCUAGUCUUCCUAGUAAACAGCCCUCGGGUUCAAGCAGUCCUUCAUCAGCACCAAGUAGCAAUCCAUCGGUCUCAUUGGUUCCUUCUGGUGCCCCAAGCAAAGAACCCUCGGUAUCAAUGGUUCCAUCACAGCAUCCAAGUUUGACGCCUUCGGUCUCACUGGUACCAAGUAUGGCUCCUUCAAAACUACCUUCUCUAUCAUCAGUACCCUCAAGUGCUCCAAGUGAUCAGCCGUCGGUGUCAAUGAAUCCAUCCUCGGCUCCAAGCAGAAAUCCUUCUCUCAAUCCAUCAUCAGCUCCAAGUAGCAAUCCAUCACUUUCUUUGGUUCCUUCUGGCGCCCCAAGCAAAGAGCCAUCGGUGUCAAUGGUUCCAUCACAGCAUCCAAGUUUGAGUCCUUCGGUCUCACUGGUACCAAGUAUGGAACCUUCCAAGAAUCCAAGUGUCUCAAUGAUACCAUCCCAGCAUCCAAGCGCCAAUCCUUCUCUUUCUUUGGUGCCUUCCACUUCUCCAAGUGAGAGCCCUUCAGUCUCGAUUAAACCCAGUGAUGUUCCUUCUGAAGAGCCAACAGAAUCGCCUGCGCCAUCUCCAAGUCCAUCUCAUAAUCCAACAGGAAUUCCAUCAGAGAGUCAUGCGCCAUCAUCGAACCCAACACUUAGUGACGCACCAUCGGGUGAGCCAACGGAGUCGCCAGCUCCAUCUCCAUCACCAAGUGAGCAACCAACAACAAGUCAAAAACCUUCUGCCGUUCCGUCAGAUCCACCGGUGUAA